CCACGCCUUCCACCCCACACUCUUCCACUGCGGAACCCAGGCACGAUGGGUACACACAAGAAAGAGGCGAACCGGAAGGAGAGGCAGGGGAAGACGGGAGACGGUAUGGGCAACGUCAAAGUCAAGGGCGAAAAUUUCUACCGCUCCGCCAAAAAGAUCAAGACAUUGAACAUGUUCAAAGACGGGAAGGCCCAGCGCAAUGCCUCCGGGAAAAUCACCAAGGCUGCUUCAUAUCAGUCCCGAUCCCAGCCCGUUGCUCGUGUCGAACCGAAUCGCAAGUGGUUCAAUUCUACCCGCGUUAUUUCCCAAGAGGCUCUCGAGAGUUUCCGAUCCGCUGUGCAAGCCCAGGCCUCCGAUCCGACAACCUAUCUCAUGAAGCAGAACAAGCUUCCCAUGAGCUUGAUAAACGACAGGCCGAACGUGAACGGACUGAAGGAGCACGCUGCCAAGAUUGCAGUCGAAAGCCAACCGUUCAGCGAUACUUUUGGUCCAAAAGCGCAGAGGAAGAGGGUCAAACUGGACUUCUCCUCGGCCGAAGACCUGGCCGGAAGGACAGGAGACAUGCACGACAACUAUCUGGAUAGACUGGAGCAGGCGAGACUCUUGUCCGGCUCUUCUGGAGACACUGCUGCUGGCGGCGAAGACGGCGAUGGCGCGCUGACAACAGCGAGAGAGUCUAUCUUUUCCAAGGGUCAGUCGAAGAGGAUAUGGAACGAACUGUACAAGGUUAUCGAUUCAAGCGACGUCAUUUUGCAUGUCCUGGACGCACGGGAUCCCCUCGGAACGCGGUGCAAGAGUGUGGAAAAGUACCUUCGAGAAGAGGCUCCCCACAAACAUCUUGUCUACGUCCUCAACAAGGUCGACCUCGUGCCCAGCCGAGUUGCUGCAGCAUGGGUUCGACAUCUGUCGAAAGAAUUCCCUACCCUCGCAUUCCACGCCUCAAUCAACAACUCCUUCGGAAAAGGCUCAUUAAUCGCCCUCCUCCGGCAAUUCAGCUCUCUCCAUUCCGACCGCAAGCAAAUCUCGGUCGGCCUGAUCGGAUACCCAAACACAGGAAAGAGUAGCGUAAUCAACACCCUGCGGAAGAAGAAGGUCUGCAACGUCGCUCCCAUUGCUGGCGAAACGAAAGUCUGGCAAUACAUUACACUAAUGAAGCGGAUAUACUUGAUUGACUGCCCUGGAAUUGUGCCGCCGAACCAAGGCGACAGCGAUGAGAGUUUAUUGCUGCGGGGUAGUAUUCGCGUAGAGAAUGUCGAAUAUCCGGCGCAGUACAUCGAUGCGGUGCUCGCGCGUGUCCAGCCAAAGCAUUUGCAGCGAACGUACGAGCUCAAGGACUACACUGAUGCAACGACCUUCUUGGAGCUACUGGCGCGAAAGCAGGGAAGGCUGCUGAAGGGCGGAGAGCCCGACUUGGAUGGUUGUGCAAAAAUCGUGAUUAAUGACUGGAUAAGAGGGAAAUUGCCCUGGUUCACACCUCCACCGAUGAAGGAGGGUGCAGAAGAAGGUGGGCCUGCCAAGGGCGUUGACGGGCGAGAGGGGAGAUUAGGCGAGAUGGGUAAAAAGAGGAAGAGGGAUGAUGAGACAGUGGCUACUGGCGGCAUGGCCACUGCCACAGUGGAUGCUAAUCCUACGACAGAGGACGAAGACGAUGAAUUUGAAGGAUUCAGUGAUAGCGAUGGAGGGCUGGAGUUGGAUAUUGAGGAUGACAGCGAAGAGAAGGGAAGUGGAGAAGAGGAGGAAGAUGAGGAAGAUGCGAUCACGCUCGUUGCUGACAACGGCAGUGAGCCAGGCGAAGAGGGGGGCGAUGGAGACGUGCUGGAUGAGGUUCUGACCGUCUCAGAAGCAUUGAAAACGGCGAAGAGGAAAAAACAA